AAAAAUCUAAAAUGUUAUCUAGCAAGUUGGUACACACUAGAAAAAAAAAACCGUGUACAACAUUAUAAAUAGACCUAAACCCUUUGUACAAAUUUCCAAACAAAUUUAAUUUACAUAAAUAUUCAUACAUACCUUUCAAUAUACUCUAAAUAAAUCAUCUAUUAUGGCCCUUGCACAAGACACUACUCCCCUCGCGUUAACGGUUACACGAGGGGAACCUGAGCUGGUGUAUCCGGCACAACCCACCCCGAGAGAGUUAAAACCCCUCUCGGACAUUGAUGAUCAAGAGGGGUUACGGUUUCAAAUGCCGGCUAUUAUGUUCUACCGAGCUGACCCUUCUUUGCAAGAGAAAGAUCCGAUUAAGGUUGUGAAGGAUGCUCUGGCUAAGGCUCUCGUGUUUUUUUACCCCUAUGCAGGUCGACUAGUCGAAGGGCCAAAACGAAAGCUCGUUCUCGACUGCACCAGUGAAGGUGUGCCCUUCAUUGAGGCUAAAACUGAUGCUAGACUUGAGGAUUUUGGUGAUGAAAUACACCCACCAUUUCCUUUAGAUGAGUUGUUGUAUGAUAUUCCUGGUACUGAUGGCAUGAUUGGUACUCCUGUGCUCAUUGUGCAGGUAACACGUCUAGGAUGUGGUGGAUUCAUCGUAACCCUACGAGCGAAUCAUGCAAUCUGCGACGGUACGGGAGUAAUGCAACUCAUGAAUGCUGUUGGAGAAAUGGCUAGAGGCUUCUCAGCACCGUCCGUCUUGCCUGUUUGGGAUCGCGAGCGUUUACUCGCAAGAGAAUCGCCAAAAGUGACGUUCCCACAUCCCGAGUACGAGCAACACGAAGGCGACAGUCAUGCCCAUGGUGAUCCCAAUCUUGUUCAAAAAACAUUUUUAUUCGGUCCAAGCGAGCUCGCUGCUCUACGUCGACAUGUUCCUACACAUAUCAAACAAUUUUCUACGUUCGACAUACUUAGUGCUUCGUUGUGGCGUUGUCGUACCAUCGCACUUGGAUUAGACCCUAAUGAGAAAAUUGCAUUAUGUUUUGCCGUCAAUGCGAGGAAUAAAUUUGAUCCACCACUUCCAAAGGGUUAUUAUGGAAAUGCAUGUGCAUUUCCCGCGGUUUGUGCAAAAGCCGGGGAUAUUUGCAAAAAUGAUAUUGCGUAUAUUUUGGAAUUGAUAAGAAAAGCGAAAAGUGAAGUUAACGAAGAAUAUAUGAGAUCAAUAAUGAAUCUUAUGGUGAUUAAAGAUAGACCACAUUUUAUUACACACCAAACCUAUGUGGUGUCGGAUCUAAGACAUUUAGGGUUUGCGGACGUGGAUUUUGGGUGGGGAAAACCCGUUUUUGGAGGACCCGCAAGUAACGGGUCCAUCCCGGAUGCAAGUUUCUUCAUUUCAUUUAAGAAUAGGAAAGGUGAGACUAUGAUCAUGGUGCCUAUUUCAUUGACUCCUUCGGUUAUGGACGUAUUCAUGAAGGAAUUGCAGGAGAUGCUUCAAGCACAUUCUUAAAUAUACAUAUUAUCCUUCGUUUUUUUUAAAACUAUACUUCUCGCUUUUAGGUAAAAGCUAAUCUGAAAAGAAGUAUGGCAAUAAAAAAUAAACGGGAUAUAAUGUGAGCUCCUUAUCUUGAGGCUUGGACUUUAUUGAACUUUCUUAUUUCAAAUUAAGGUUUUAGUUUAUUUUGUUGAUUACUUAAAAAAAGUAUUAUUGUGGAGACAAAUAGUAUCAUUCAAAUGGUUUCUUAAUGCUUUAAAUAUGAGUACAUAUAGUUCCACGUUGGAAGUAAGUUUGGAAAAAGUGAAAAUGUAAAAAGAAAAAUGUUGCAUUUUGAUGUGUAUUAUUGAUUUUUUUUUUUAGUGAACGUAUUAUAGGUCACUUAAUGGAA